CACAAAGCUAGCACACUCUCUGUCUCUCAGCCAUUAGAGUCCAGAUUUCCAAGCAAUGAGUUACCACCAUCAACAUAUUUUCCACGAGCCGCAACCCGCAUCAGGGCACUCACCUCCAUACCCUCCACCAGGCAUCCCUCCACCGCCCCCACCACUUGGAUAUACUCAUACUCAUCAUUCUCCCUCACCAUCAACUCUACCUGGAUAUCAAGGUUACUUUCAUGAAGGCUACACUCCAUCAUCACCUCCGCCGCCUCCUCCACCGCUGCCUACUAGGAAUGACUACCAUCACAAUGGUUGCUCUUCCUUCCUAACGGGGUGUUUGGCAGCUCUUUGUUGCUGCUGCUUGUUGGAGGACUGCUUCUUUUAAGCCACUAUCUGUCCAGCUUGGAAAUUAUGAUUAUGGUAGUCAGUCCACUUGGUGGAAUUAGAUUUUACUUCGAAACUUUUACUUUUGUAUGAAAUUUCUAUGAGUAACCUAUGAGCUUCAUCACGUUAUUAUUUAUGAGCUUCAGAACUGGCAAGCCUAUAUAUUUUGCUAAUACAAUUCAAUACCCUGCUGAGCCUUCUAGCCAAUCACGUUUCAGUUUGACAAGGCAAUGAUCUGUAAGUAGUUUCUGCAGAUUUUCUUGGACUAACCGAGAAUUGCAACAUAUUACUAGCCACCACAAAAGGUAGGAUAAUCUGGGCAGAGUUUCACAGCUGUUUAUGGGAAGAAAACAAUUCACUGUGGAUUUCAAGUUAGGACUUUGAAGGACUCAAUAAGUGGAUGAAAACCAAAGAAAGUACUGCAAACCUUAUGAAUUCACAUUGAGAGUGCUCUCUGAGUAUCCCAUGUGCAUUUGCAUUAUGUUCCCUUUUGUCCGAACCUCCCCAACCCUUUUCCUUCUCUACUGGAAGUAUUACCAUCAUUAUUACUUCCUCUUUACACCUUCUGCACCACCAUCACAAGAUUUUGUUUCUUUCACUUCCAUGCUUGAGAAGCAGAGACUUCUUGCUUGGCUUGAAUCGUUAUGUUCAACUUACGGUGUCUCAGAGUGUACGUUAUUGAUAAUUUUGACUGCAUCCACGA